AAUACUCUCCGUUUAGUCGAUAUCCGAGUCCCGUCUUUGCUAGACCGAUUUUUGACGUAUGGUGUGUGUCUGUCGUUCGCGGUCGUCGUGGGUGUUGUGUGAAGUGUAAUUUUUCAUUGGCUAAAUUGUGUCUCCUUUGACCGAUGAUAGCCCGAUUCCUAUUGGGCAAUCCGUUGUCUUAAUUGGCCGACCAGACAGUGUCCAUCAUUCGCGCGGUCUGCAUGCAGGCUUCUCGGACCGACCCUCAUUUUGGCAAUCAUUGAAUAUUCAUCAAUUGCCAAUUGCCCUGCCGUUCGGUUGUUUUAAAGUGAUCCAGUUUGACCGGGCAUUGAAUCGGAACACCCAGGAGCACGUGCAAAUUCUUAGUGAUUAUAGUGUGUGCAAAUUUACUACCGUAUUAUACGGAUAUACUGCCGUGGAUUGUCGUCCCCAACACAUUCCGGAGAUGUCAGCAAAAGUGAGCCUUCUGGUCGCGGGUUUAACCAGUCUGUUGCUAGCUGGUUAUGUCACAGGUCUCGAAUGGGAGGCAAUCAUCACCACCAGCAGCGGAAUUCUGUUCUUCGAUCAAAACUGGAAGCAGAUCUCGUCCGGUGGGCACCAGUUCCAGCAGAUAUCGGCGUUCGCCUACGACGAGGUCAAACAGCUGCUGUACUUCAGUGAUCUCAAAGACCCUGCCUUCCGGAUAUUCGCCCUGGACACCAAUCCCCAGGAGGAGUAUCACAAAGUUGUAAAGCUACUGCCAAAAGCGGACCAAACUGCCUACAUCAGUGGAUUGGCUUUCGAUCAUCUGGAGCGGAAGCUGUACUGGACCGAGAAGGGAACACAUGCCGUCUACUCGGUGAGGGUCGAUGAGUUGGACCGAAGCUCCAACGAGUCGCUGAAGCUUAUCCAGAAGGUGGCCGAAGUCGACGAAGAGGAUGAUCUGGCGGCACUGACGAUUGAUGAAUGCCGAAGGCACCUCUACUGGACAAACAGCUUCCUGAAAACGUCCAACAUCGUGCAGGCUGCCAUGAAUGGAACGGUUCUGACAUCGCAUUCAGAGGAAGUCUUCCAGCCGAAAGGAAUCACAAUCGAUCACUAUAACGAUCGCAUCUACUGGGUGGAGAAAAAAUUUGGCCGAGCUUUCACAAUUCAAAGUGCCACUUUGAACAUCAACGAUACCAAGCUGUUCCACAGUGGCCUGGAUAAGGUACCAACGUUUAUAUCCGGUAACAGUCGAUUCCUGUAUUGGGUCGACCAAGAGGAAGGUGAAAUUCAUGAAACAUCCAAGGAAAAUGCUACCAACAGUCAAGUUGUUUACAAGGGAAACCGACCUUCGGCAAUCGUGAUUAGGUCAAACUUUCUGAUUGAGUAUCAAAAGAAUAACCCCAGUUGCAAAAAAGUUAUAGCCAAAAUCGUUGAAAAUGUUCGCCUGGAAUCGGAAGGCAAGAAACCACAAACGGAACAAACGCCAGUGAUCAAACCGGAAAUGAUUACCUGUUUGAACAAAGGAAUUCUGAAUCACAACACAAACAGCUGCAUUUGUCUUCCCGAAUACCACGGCACCUUCUGCGAGAUUCCGAUCUGCAACAACUUCUGCGCCCAGGGGGAAUGCGUUGUAGGUAUCGAUAAUCGGCCUUACUGUAAAUGUAACGCCCAGUUCGAGGGGGAACGAUGCGAUCGUAAAAAGUGUGAUGGUUACUGUUUCAACAAAGGAACCUGCCAGGUUUCAACCGAAGGAGUUCAGUCCUGUUCCUGUCCGAAGAACUUCAGUGGACCGCGAUGUGAAACGGCCAUUUGUUCGUCGGACUAUUGCUACAAUGGGGAGUGUCAAGUGGAGGAGGGUGUACCGAAGUGCAAGUGUAACGUUGGCUAUCGGGGGGAACGGUGUGAAGAGUAUACCUGUAACAACUAUUGCCUAAACGAUGGCAACUGUGUGUUUAACAACCAAACCAUGUUGGUAGAGUGCCGGUGCGGUGCCGAGUAUGCUGGCAAACGGUGUGAGAUUCCGAAGCGGUUUUGUUCUCUGGACAAUGGCAAUCCAGAUCUGAAGCAGUAUUGCGAUGGGAUCCCGGUACCAAACGAACUCGUUGAACCUCAGGUCAGUUACUGUAAGAACUCGUUCAACCGAACCGUUGUCUACACCUCCCUGGCGUUCACCGCUUCGCUGUUCAUCUUGAUGGUGAUCCUGUGGCUGGUGCGGCGUUUCUACGAAGACGGUCGUCCUCGCAUCACCAAGCGCUUCAAGGUGACAAACCAUACGCAGAUGACUUCCCGGCCGGCAACGCAGUGUGAGAUUACCAUCGAAAAUUGCUGCAACAUGAACGUGUGCGAAACGCCUUGCUUCGAUACAAAGCUGCUGCAGAAAUCGAAAGCCGACGACAAACAGUACCUGCUGGACGAUAUCGAGAGCCUGGCCGGAUCUUACCGGAAGCUUCCGAGCGGCAGUUGUACCUCGGGCGGGAAAAACUAACCCCUCACAUCGAAACACAUUGUAUUGUGGCGAGACGAGACUGAAGCACCUGUGUUGUGGAGGUGUGUCAUGAUCAUACCUGAUUUACUACUCAGAUGCAAAACCUGCAACAACAACAAAACCUCCUUUCGAGCGGCAGCUGUAAAAGUGCGAUUAUUAUUGAGAAUACUUAAGACACGGAAUGACUUAAUCGUUACAACGAUGGGCGUUGAUAAUGAUGAAACCGAACCACUGAAAUCUCUCCAGACUAGCGAAAUAGUAUAGAUAAAAUAGUAGCGGGAAAGUAAAUUAUGUGCUUAAUUAUAGAUUAGGUAGUAUUACCAAAACAAUUUGCUUCAAAGAUGCGCCAGACUUUCGGUCAAAGUCUGAUAUAUUAGUUUGUUGAGCAAUUUUCUUAUUUUUUAAAUUUUGUUUAUGUGCUCGAAAAUUUAAUUUUAAUGUUCAAAAAAUUAAAGCAUGUGGAAGAAUUUAAGCCAAAAUUGAAGUUAUAUUCCGUUGGAUCGUUCAAUUAUAUUAUAAGUUUUGUAAUCAUACAACAGCAAAAGAACGAAAUCAUUAUAACUUUAUUAACUUUGUUUUGGCCAAGCUCUAAAUCCAAUGCGUUACUUUUUUCAGGAUCAACAUAUUUAAAAUUUCAAGCUUUAUUCGUUUAUUUGCGAGGAAACGUCUCAAGCCUAACGAUGCAGCCUUCAGCCUUCCUAAGAAGUCCUUUCAUGUACCCAGAAGGUUGUAUUUUUACGAGCCUGUUAAAUUCAAAUUUUGCCAUCAACUUUGAAAAAUAAACUCAUUCAUAUUUAUGUUAUACUUAUUAUUUUAGCUUAAUCAUAUCAAACCUUUGAUUUCAUGUUUCUUUUCGUUUUUUCUUAAGGUUCCUAUUUAGUUAAAUUUUCUUGAAUAGCCAUAUGAUUAAAAGCCGGUCAUACAAAUUUAAGCUCAAGUUUGUAGCUUCUUUUUGUUGUUAAUUUGCGCUUGAAACGCCUCAUUCAAUGCCUGUAAACGCCAUUUGAUUGAACCUUAUUUCUUAAAUAAUUUCGGUUCCAUUGCAAUCCACAACGAUGGGGCUGCCGAGCUUUGGGAAAUACGCUCGCCCCAUUGCUAAGCUUAAAAAAAAUCAUAAACCUACACUUAAAACACAACAACAACAAUAAGGCUGAAGCCGAACCAGUACUUUAAAUAGGUUAACAAAUUGAAGCGAAAAAAUGUAAAUGCAGCACAAACGGUGAAAGACUAUACUCUUAAUAUCCACAUAAGAAAUGUGAUAUUAAAAUAGGUUUUUAACACGCAGCAACUAAAAUAGUUCAUCGAAUGAAAUCGAUUGCUGUUACACGUGUACGAUUGAAUAGUAGUAGAAAUUUCGUAGUUUAUUUUAUAAAUGAAAUAUGUACGAUGUACAUGGAUUAGUUA